AUGAGUGGUGUUCAAAGACAAGAUUUGGUCUUAUUCAGUGACCAAUCAGUGCUUCCUGCCCAAUUUUUCCAAGAUAGCAACUCUCACAACUUAUUCUUCAUCACCCAUCAAUCCUCCACUCAACCGCUAUGGCUGAUCAACGCAUUGAUAGAAACGCACAUUUUAGGUUCCCCGAACUCUCUUAAUGAAUCUUCUUUAUCGAGGCUACCUUCGUCGAUUCGCUCUCAUGCUGUUCUUGCGUCGUUUAUCCACGAACAGAGCCAUUUUAUGAAUUCAUUACACAAGCUGAAGAUCCCAUCUAACAACUACUGUGUUUUAGAUUUUCUGUCCGACUUCAUCGUUAGUAACAUCCUGAAUAAGCCAAAAGAUAAAAUACUAGGUGACUUACUGGCAAAGUUCUCGGCUGCUGUACAAAAUAACCCAACCGACACCAUCGUUGUCAUAGAACAGCCAGAAUUAUUAUUGUCCCUAAUAAGCGGUUUAACUUACUCAGAAUUAAAUAAUAAGUUCAUCACACCUCUUUUGAGGCAAUGCCAAGUACUAAUAAUUGUUUCCAAUUCGGACGUUUUCAAUAUAGAUGAAUACGAUGUUCCUGUUCAUUCCUCCAAUCUGCAAAAUUUCUACAAAUCUUCCUUUAUUAAAUCAAUGAUUAAUUUGAACCUGAAUCCUUUGAAGACCGGGUUUGCGAGAGACGUAACUGGCUCAUUGCACGUUUGCAGGGGCGGUGCACCCAUUGCAACAACCUCAAACACGAGCCUACACGUUGUUGAGAAUGAAUACCUGUAUCUGAAUGAGAAGGAAUCAACAAAACUAUUUUAUCGCUAA